CCGCUCACAGGGAACUACAAUACAACAGAGUAAAGAGAGGGGGAAAGGGAGAAAGAGAGAGAGAGAGAAGAGAAGAGAGGGGGAGCAGGAUAGAGAAGAAACAAAAAGGACUUCACAUGAGAUGAGCAACUGAACUGCCGUGGUACAUUCUCAAGUGUGUGGCUUUGCCUUGUUGAAUGACUGGGAGUGGACCGGAGGCUCUCUGAGAAGAAGCUGCUGUAUCUCUGUAUUGGUGUUGUGUACGAGUGAGCCGAGCAUGUGGCGGACUGUGUUGCUGGUGUGUCUGAGUACCACGCUGGUGUACUGCCAGUUUCCCAGGGAGUGUGUGACUCCGGAAGGUUUGCGGAGCGGCCAGUGCUGUCCUUCUCCGCCAGGAAGCACUAACGAUCCGUGCGGUGCCAGCCAGGGCAGGGGUGCAUGUGUGCCUAUCGUGGCCGACAGACGCCCUCAUGGUCCGCAGUACCCCCACGAUGGGCGCGAUGACCGGGAACGCUGGCCACUACGUUUCUUCAACCAAACCUGUCAGUGUGCCGGAAACUUCUCUGGCCACCACUGUGGACGCUGCCGACACGGUUUGAGUGGACCCAACUGUAACCAGCGCGUGACAGUGGUGCGUCGUAAUGUGAUGCAGAUGAGCAGUGCUGAAAAACAAGCGUUUGUCAACGCACUGGACAUGGCUAAGCGCACUGUCCACCCAGACCUGGUCAUCUGCACGCGCCGCUACCAGGACAUCUACGGGCCAGAUGGCAACACACCCCAGUUCGAGAACAUCACCAUCUACAAUUACUUUGUGUGGACACACUUCUUCUCGGUCAAGAAAACCUUCAUGGGGGCGGGGCAGCCCAGCUUUGGGGGAGUGGACUUCUCCCACGAGGGCCCGGGAUUCGUCACCUGGCACAGAUAUCACCUGCUGCACCUGGAGAGAGACAUGCAGGAAAUGCUUCAGGACCCGACAUUUGCCCUCCCCUACUGGAACUUUGCCAUUGGGGGCAGUGAAUGUGACAUCUGCACUGAUGACCUAAUGGGCGCCCGCAGCAGCUUCGAGUCCACGGGCCUGAGCCCCAACUCCGUCUUCGCCCAGUGGAGGGUGAUCUGUGAGGGCGUGGACGACUACGACACCUUGGGCACCAUUUGCAACAGCACGGAGACCAGUCCCAUCCAGAGGAACCCUGCGGGGAACGUGGCGCGCCCCAUGGUGCAGCGGCUGCCCGAGCCGCAGGACGUGGUGGACUGCCUGGAGCUCAACGCCUUCGACACGCCGCCCUACUACUCCACGUCCUCGCAGAGCUUCAGGAACACCAUAGAGGGCUACAGUGCCCCUCAGGGCGGUUAUGAUCCUGUGGUGCGUAGUCUCCAUAACCUGGCCCAUCUGUUCCUGAACGGCACCGGGGGCCAGACACACCUCUCCCCCAACGACCCCAUCUUCGUUCUGCUGCACACCUUCACGGACGCCAUCUUUGACGAGUGGCUGAAACGACACAGCCCUGGUGGGGUGGUGUACCCAGAGGAGAAUGCUCCUAUUGGACACAACCGUCAGUUUAACAUGGUUCCGUUCUGGCCGCCGGUGACCAAUGCUGAGAUGUUUGUGCCAGCUCCAGACAACCUGGGAUACACCUAUGAGGUCCAGUGGCCCACUCGCCCCUACACGCUGUCUGAGAUCAUCACCAUAGGGAUCGUUGCCGCGGUGCUGGUGGUGGCCGUGUUGGGCGCCGUGGUGGCGUGUGCGGUGCGGGCGCGCUCCUACAGCUCCGAGGCCCUGGAGCCGCUGCUCGGCGAGCAGUUCCGCCGCUACUCGGAGGACGAGAGACGAGUGGACAAGAUCCAGUCGGUGGUCUGAGGGGGUCAGGGAGGUCGUCUGUGUUCUGCUUUUUUAAUUAUUAUUCCUAAACCCCCUUUGGGGAAAUAAAGUUAUACUGGUUUUAAUACUC